CUCCACACCCUCCCACGAGACACCGCGCCACUCAACGCGAGCGCCACGCCGGACUUGCAGUCUCGCACCGCCUGUAACCGCUGACGUUCAUGCAAAUAGUAAUGCUCACAGCACCCAACUCCGAGUGCUGUGACACAGCGCGCAAGGCGUCCCGCCGUUGCCAUGGCGCGGGUUUGCGUCGGGGAUGUAGUCUGCGUCGCACCCGGAGUCUACUAAUUCCAGUCUCUGCGUGAGUAGUGAGUCGCUUUGUAUCCGCUUCGUUGCUUCUCCGCUUCGUCUUCUCCACUCGUCUUCUCCGCUCGUCUUCUCCACUUCGUCGUACUUCUCCGUGUCUUCUCCAACCCGCCAUGUCGUCUGCGCUGUCGUUCCAGAUCGCUGCUGCGCUGCUGCAGUGGGCCAACGCCGCGUGCUCCACAUCUACACCUACACCUGCACCCACGCCUGACGCCGAGAUCGAAAUGGAGAUGCGGGUUGAAAUAGAGGCGGAGACGCGGCCGCGCAGACCGGCGCCGCGCCGCUCGACGUCGUCGUCGGCGUCUAUUCCCACUUCUCGCCACGCGCUCCCCACCCGUUCGCGCGCCGGCAGUCCGGAGUGCUCGCCGCUGCUGGGCGGGAAGAGGCAGGCGCAGCAGAAUUGGGGAGAUGCGCAGGGUGCGUGUUGGUGCGAGGGGGCUGCGCUGCCGAGGGUUGUGUUUCCGAUGCUGGGCUCGGCGUGAGGUUGGCAUGGAUAUGCGUAGACGAGGUCUUUUGUUGUUUGGAUUGUUCUGGAUGUACUUUGUUGUAAACACGCCAUUCUGGUGCGCGAUACGUCCGGUUACACUGGACCGCGGAGACGUAAAGAUUGCGAGCUCAGAGUGAAGAUGGAUUUCUGCACGCGCGAGCGAAGGCUGUUACCUAAACACUUUUUGGGGCUUUCGUACACCUGAGAGGGACGCGGAGGAGGAACGUCAACUCGUGCAAUCUCCAAUUUUUCAAGAUAUGUCAACACUUAACG